AUGACUAACAAGUAUAAUUUGGAGAGCCAAAAUAUCAAUAUUUCAGCACUUAUCAAACACAUACUUCACAAGCUCCGAAACCAUCCCCCAACCCCCUUCCCAGCUCUACCCUUGAUCGGCCACCUCCACCUCUUGAAGAAACCAAUCCACAGAACUUUAUCCAGUCUCUCCAACCAUUACGGUCCCGUACUUUUCCUCCGGUUCAGGUUCCGCCGCAUCCUCGUGAUCACCUCCCAAUCAACAGCUGAAGAAUGCUUCACAAAGCACGAUAUCGUGUUUGCCAACCGCCCUCGCCUGCUCCCCGGAAAACACCUCGGCUACAACUACACCUCGAUAGUUUGGGCACCCUACGACGACCACUGGCGAAACGUCCGCCGGAUCACUUCCCUGGAAAUUCUCUCCUCUCACCGCCUGCAAAUGCUGUCUCACAUCCGUCUUGACGAGGCCCAGACUCUUGUCCGCCGCCUGUUUUGCGUUUCCACUGGAAACCCAGAACAGGCGGUGGACGUGGAAAUGAAGUCAGCCUUCUUUGAGUUCGUCUUCAAUGCCAUGAUGAGGAUGAUUGUUGGAAAUCCAGUCUUCAAAAUGAUGAAAGUGAUGGCGUAG